AUGGAAGUAAAAUUAGCAAUUUUUGUUUGUGAUAGCUGCAUACCUUCAAUCGAACAAGUCGAAGGAAACUACGAGAAUAUAUUCCGAACAUUCCUCACAAAGGCUAAUAACGAGUUUGAGACUCCUCACAAGCUGAUAAUAGAUGCAUUUGACGUAUACAAAUAUGAAUACCCUGAGGAUGUCACUGUUUAUGACGGUAUUAUUAUUUCAGGAUCGAACAGCGACGCAUUUAGCGAAUUGGAUUGGAUAAUAGACUUGGUAGACUUCAUCAGAGGCUUGACAUAUUCAUUCCCGAAGGUUUCUGUUAUCGGUAUAUGUUUUGGUCAUCAGAUAAUCGCUAGAUCACUUGGUGGAGCUGUAGACAGGGGAAAUAUGAAGGAAUUCGGAAGUACAGUUGUUGAUGUAGUCAACAAAGACCUCGCGAAGAAUUACUUUGGAUUUGAUAAUCAGUUUAGGAUAUUUGAAGCACACCGUGAUGUCGUAACCAAGAAACCAGCUAGUCUGACAAAUGUGGCAUCGACACCACAAUGCCCUUACCAAGCAUUUAUCAAAUUCAAUGGAGAGAAAGUACAUAUUUGGUCUGUUCAGGGACACCCAGAAUUCACGGAAUCUAUAAUGACAAAAAUAGCAGAAUCAGAUAUCCUCGCUGAAGAACCAUCAGAUGAAGUUAAAAACGCCUGGCUUGACAAAUCAAAAGAAGAACACGAUGGUAUAGCAUUGGGUAAAGCUAUUCUAAAGUUGUUUAUAUGA